AUGAUUUCAUCACCACCUCUUCCUGUUUAUUCUAAAACAAAAAUUGAACUUCCUUCAACUGUUUCUUUUUCUUCUUCUACUAUUUCUGCUUCAUCAAUUGAAACAACAACAAAUGAUCGUACUACUUAUAAUGAAGACGAUGCCUUGCGUAUUUACCAAAAUAAACUGUCAUUUUUUUUUGAAGAUAGCACCAUGCGAUCAAUGUAUUGUGAUCUCUCUCAACUAUUACAUAAUGGUAAGAUGUUAAAUAUUGCUGAAAUUAAAAAAAAAUUUCAGUAAUCAUGCACCUUAUGUCAAUAAAUACUAAUAGUCUUAAAAGAGCAUAGCGAUAUUUAGUUCGAUUCAUAUAUUCAACACAGUAUGAUUCAUUUUUCGAAUACAUCUGUAGGGAAUGUGGAAUUGAAGGUUCUUCCCGAAUCGUCACAAAACAUUUUGAUUGAAUCUAAACACUAGUUGCUUUUAUUAAUAGAUGAAACUAUAAUCCAGCCAUAUACAAGAUGUACUGUACUCGGUCGUAUUUGAUUGUCGUCGACUUUUUUUUUAAAGCAUCAUCAAUAGUUUUAUUUUUGAUUCAUAUGGGUACCAUUCUUUGUGAGACACGUUCAAUAGUUAAAAAAAAUCACACAGGAUAGUCCCAUCGAUCUGAUCGUCAUAUCAUGUGCUAAUCCAGAUAUUUCCGAGUAUGUUUGACAUUACUUUUUGUUUCGUUUUGAAAUCGAAUUGAGUCUCUCAUUUUUCUUAUUAAAUAGUCGGUUAUUAGAAAAAAUAAACGAGCAAUUUGAUGAUAAAUUAUCAUUAUUUCAAUCAAAAUUAUUUAUUAUUUGUUCAACAUUUAAAUUAGCUCUUUCUCAAUUGAUGAUGAUUUGGUUACCAUCACUUUCAUCAAAAUCUUUAAAUGAUAAAGAAACUCAUUAAUUGGAUAAGCUUAUAGAUACAAAAUGAGUUUUAAUAUAAUCAUUAUAUAGUUUUUAAUUUAAAAUAAUAUUCCAAAUUAACAAUUUUUAAAAAUGAAAUUCUUCAAAUGAAAUUCCAUUUGAAAUAAUACGAAUUCCUUUUGUUAUUUUUCUUUUUUGCAGCAUAUUAUUGACCAAUAGUUUCAAUAAGUCAUCAUUCAUUUGAAUUGAUUCAUAGAAAACUUAAAUAAACAAUAAAAUUCUGAUGGAAAACCACAAUUUUCUUCUUUGAUCAUAUUUAUUUAAUAAAUUCAUUAUGGUAUUUUUGUUUUUCUUUUUUAACUUGUUGAACAUCUUUCAAGUAAUAAGUCCAUUCUAGUCAAUCCUUCAUUGUAAGAUGGAAUUUUCCUAAAUAAAGCUUCAUUUUCAACAACUAAACUAUGUUAAUUAAAAUCCAUUUCAUCACCAAAUGUAUUUGCUGAAGAUAACAAUAUUUGAGGAUGAGUUUGUUUUUUCAUUUGCUUGGUAAUCACAAUUUUUAUCAAAUAUUAUUAAAUAAUCAUCAGUAACAUCAUCUAUUUCAGCCAAUGUAUUGCAUGAAUAGCUUAAUAUUUCUUUCUUUAAACUAUUACAAACUAAACUUCAACAUGACUACUUAUUUUAUUUACAUAAAUAUACCGUUCAUUUUAAUCUAAAUGAAUCUUUUCGAAAUAAUAUUUAUUGUAAAAUACAAUUCUUAUAUAAUUAUUAUUAAUUAUAUAUUGAAGUUUAAAAAUAUUUCAUCGAAUUAUAUAUGAUUGUUUAAAAGAAUUGAUAAUUUAUCGUUAUUAUGACCAUACAAAAUAGCAAUUAUGUGUCUAGUUUGGUAUUACUUAACAUGUUGUAAUAACAUAAGACAACUUUCUUGUAUCUAUUUCCUAUAUUCGUAAAAAAAAAUAAUUAAAAAAUGAAGUCAUGAGUUUGUGUUGGGGAGGUUAGAAAUUGAUAGUUUUCAUGAUAACCCAACACAUUUGGACCUCGCUUCUAUUUUUAAUAAAUCACUUUCUUAUGUUGUAUUUUAUUUGAGAUUGAGUAAUCACCAUCGCAUAAGCGAAAAAAUGUAGAUAAUGAUUCAUAAUUUAUAGAAAGUGUCAUUGAGACUGACUCAUCAUUACGAAGUGUGUCUACAAAGAACAUUCAGAGAAAGCGGAACAGACGCAUCUGGAUUCUUAUUUCAGUUCUUUUUCCAUUUUUUAAGCACUUUUUUUUGCAAAAAUUUUUAAGUUCAACUAUUUUUGAGCAGCAUUUCGAAAAGAACAACUUCUCAGAAUUCUAUAUCACAUCAUCUACAAAUAAAUCGUGUAGGCCAGUCAUUAAAAACAGUAUACUAGAACAAAUAGAAGUGCUUCAAUGACAUAGGACUUUCAGUAAGCACAUUGUGAUUGUUUUGCAUGAUCGGCAGAGAUGUCAGUUUCAUUCUCGAAAAUGACUUUCUUUUGCUCAAUAAUGACUGCACAUCACUCAGAAAAUCACUCUUAAGAGAAAACAAUUUUUUAGCAAACAGAACUUCGAAGAAAACUCUUGCCGACAUUUUUUUCGAAAAAAUGUCUUGUGAUAUAGACCAUUCGAUAUAGUUUCAGGCACUAAUUCCGAAUAUAUCAUUGAUUUUCAGUAGAAACGCUUUCGAGUUUGAAACAAAAAAAGAAUUUUAGCGGAAAAAAUCAACAAUUUUUUGGAAAACUAAUUUUUACGCAACACUUCGUUUUUUCUCCUUUUAUAAGUUUUCGAUUGCGUCACCAGCAUUUCUCUGUGGUCUUCUGUCUAGACAUUUAAUUUUUGUUUUGUUUAAAAGAGCGUGUAAAACUGCAGUGCCUAUGAGAGUCCGAUUUUUUAAUUAAGCUUUGCUUAUAUUAUAUAUACAAUCAUUUAUAUAAUUAGAGCGCCAUUUUUAGAAAGUUUGUUGAGUCUUUGUACCUUCCGAUUCAAGGGGGAAACAACUGACUUUAUGACUUAAAUGAUCUAAAUGAUCUAAAUGACUUUAAGUCAUAAAAGUCAGUUGUUUCCCUCUUGAAUUCUGCUCGUGUUAAUUGUGGCUGUGGAGUUUUCGUUAGGUUAAUGAAACACAGAAACAAUUUUCCAUGGUCUGGCUGUUAUCGACAUUCAUAAACACGAAGAUUCCCCA